AUGGCCUUGACCGGUGUUGUGAAGAAGUAUGACGCUGCAAAGGGCUUCGGAUUCAUCGUUCCCACUGGAACCAGCACGGACCUCUUCGUUCUGGGCAUGGAUGUUAUGGGUGGAACACUGCAGGCUGGAGACAAGGUCACUUUCGACGAAGGCCUCAACGAGCGAACGGGCAAGCCCAAGGCCAUCCGCGUCGCUGGAGGAUCUGGACCUGCACCAGGCGGCAAGGGUGGAAAGGGCAAAAGAGGCGACAAGGGCAAGGGAGGAGGUGCGAUGCAGCUUGCAGGAGCUCUGAACGGAGGCUUCGUUGCCGGACCGGCUCCCCGUGGCUCCGGCUGCGGCCCUUGCGGCUUGAUGCCAGGUGGGGGCUGCGGCCUUGGGGCAGGAAAAGCAGCAACCUAUGGCUUCACGUCCGGCGUGGUGAAGUUCUUCCACAAUGAGAAAGGUUAUGGGUUCAUCAAGCAGAACGAUGGUGGCAAUGACCUCUUCGUCCAUCGCGACAUGGUGAUCGACACCCUGCUGAAUGCCGGAGAUCACGUGCAGUACUGCGAGAUUGUUCACGUCCGAAGUAACCGAAUGUGCGCGGGCUACGUCACUGGCGGCACAGGCGCACCGAAGCCCCCCCAGGAAAAAGGCGCAGGAAAGGGUGGCAAGGGCAAGAAAGGUGGCACAAGAAUUGUGCCUAACGAGCCGAGCCUUCCCAAUCCUGGCAUGGCUUCCAGUGGCCUGAGCGCUGCCAGUAGCGGAGGCGGCUGCAGCACUUGGCCAUGCGGCUAUGUGGGGCCAUGCAGCCCGAACCGGGAGGGGAACACGGCCAUGGCAUCCUGCCCAGGUGAGGACCCGCAGCUGAAGAUCGCCUGCUUCGCUCAGCUGAUGAACGUGGCAAAUCCCAGCGACUCUGCGCCCCAUCCGAACCCAAGCUCCAGCGAGAGGCACAAGGGCCGGCACAGCGAUGUCGACACGUCAGUCCUUGUUUUGCCUUUGGAGUGGGGCCGACGCUUCUGA